GCCGUCAUCCAUUCGAUUUGCAACUAUCACCGACGGCCACCAUGGACGUUUCUAGAACGGUCCUCGUCCAGCGGAGUGGACAGGGUGGCGGUGCGAGCACGCAGACAAUGCAUGCCAGUGUCCUUGACGACGGGGUGUCAAUGCACCGGCCGAACCACAUGUCAAGGCUUGCGCUUAGCCAGGCCGCACCAGCGGGCAGCGUGCCGUGUCGCCAACCUGCGGCAGGCGCUGCCAUGCAGGAUCAGAGGGCUGAUGUAGGUGGUGUUGCGGAAUCCCCUCGAUGCGUGGAGUGUAUCGUCUGCCGGUUCAACAGCUUGCGGGCGACCAGCGAAGGUGACGGAGCAGGCGCGGCCAUGCAGGAACGGAGACUUGAUCUGUGCGGGGUUGCGGAAUCAGCUCGAUGCGUGGAGCGUAUUGUCUGCCGCUACAAUAGCUCGAGGCCGACCGGUGACGGUGAUGUGGGCGGCCGUGAAGGUGGUGCCAGCAAGCCGGACCACGUCGACGUAGAAGACGAUGACGCCGACGACGAAGACGAAGACGAAGCUCCGGUCAAGGAAGCAGUAUCCGGACGAACGAAAAAGCAACCUUCCAAAGUCCGUGGGAAAGCGAAGGGUAAGGAUAAGGAAGGUGAUACGAACGACGAGGGUGGCGGGAGCGGAGCGCGGGGGAACUGGAGUUUGAACGAAUCCCUCGUUCUUGUCCGGUGCAAGAGAGACCAAGACAACUACUUCGCUAAUGCGGGAACCAAUUUCGCCAGAAUGAAAACGAAGGACCAGAAGUGGAUGGACAUCGCAAAGCGGAUGGAGAAGGAAGGAGUUCGGCGAGACGGGGAGCAAUGCAUGAAGAGAUGGGAGAACAUACACGGGUGGUACAGGAAAGUGUGGGACAGGGAGAAGGAUUCGGGACUGCAAUCGUACUUCCUCAUGACAACGAAAGCACGGAAGGAGAAAGGGUACAGGUUCAAUCUAGACUGCACUCUAUACGACGCGAUCCACAUCAUGCAGGGGAACAACCUGGUCGUCCACCCGCCGAAUCUCAUGGACACCGGCAACGCACAAGGACAAUAGGGACGGAGGAUGGUGAAUUGCGCACUCGUGUUCAAAGUGGAACACAGUGGCAAUAGUGAAAUCGCACGUGGCGGUCAUCGAGGGGUUGUCGUUACGGAAGUCGACAUCGGACAUCGCAGCUGUGCGGGGGUGCGGCGCUGCGAAUCAAUGGACAUCCAGGUGGCACUCAGAGGUCGUGUCCUCGGUCGUACCAUAACUUUUUACGAGAUGAGGCAUUGUCGAGGAGAGAAGGAUGACAGGUUGUUUGAUUUUGUGGGCGAGGUCAUUGGACAGGAAAUGCGGCAUUACGAGGUGGACGCGAACGGUGACACGAUUCUCAACGUCGUCGUCGCGUUGGGAUAUGUGGAUGACAUGUUGCGGGAGGUGGUUGGCUACGCAACGAAAGUCGGUCGCGCGAUCCCCGACCGGUGGGAAGGAGGAGUAGACGUUCUCGCUCACAUCGUCGACCUCCUGAUGUCCAACAUCGCGAACGAGCACAACGGCCGCAUGACUGUUCCCGCGGAUUUCCGGGUCUGGCCGGAUCCUCCCUUGCACGACCGCCCGGGUCUCCGUGGCGAGAUCCGCAACAUCGAUGAGUAGGUUCGGAUGGAAGCCAUGGCGGCAAACCAUUCGCCGCUCGCACUAGA